AUGAGUUUUCCCUACAAUAUCAAUUUUGUGGAGCCAGAGCUCAACGAGCAAUUGCUGAAAGACUUCCACGGUGAACGGACUGGCUUCGUGCAGGUUGGCCCAAAGCGGUGGUUUUUUCCUUCCCGUUUCAAGAAGUACGCCUCGAGUCUUUACUCGUUCAAUGCCAGACCGGACGACACUUGGAUCAUCACUUUCCCGCGUUCAGGCACAACGUGGACACAGGAAAUGGUGUGGCUCAUAUGCAAUGAUUUGAAUUUUGAAACUGCGAAGCAAGUGCCACUAACGAAACGGUUUCCGUUUUUCGAAUUUCAUUUGUUCAUGCACGACGAUAUGAAGGCGUGCUUCCUGGAGGAAAACCAACGGAACGAGCAAAAUCGGCAGUUCAUCGAAAACAUCUCUCAGCCGGUCAGUGGGCAACUGGAUGCGAUGGAUACACCGCGGUUCAUUAAAACUCACCUUCCGAUGUCACUGUUGCCGCCGAGUGUUUUUAAAAAGAAAUCCAAGAUAAUCUACGUAGCACGGAAUCCUUCCGAUGUGGUUGUUUCCUACUAUCACUUGAACCGAUUGUACCGGACGCAAGGCUACGAAGGCGAAUUCGAACGGUUUUACGAUUACUUUGAAAAAGAUUUAACUCCCUGGUCGCCUUACUGGGACCACAUCAAGGAAGGGUGGGAAUUUAGGGAACAGGACAAUGUGCUGUUCAUGUUUUACGAGGACAUGAAGCGCAACCUGCCCGACACCGUCCGGAAGACAGCCGCUUUCCUUGGCCGCACCUUGUCCGACGAGCAUAUCGGCGAACUUUGCACCCACCUGGACAUCACCAACUUCCGCCACAAUAAGUCGGUCACCUGCGAGGAGUUGAAAGAAGUUGGCAUCUUGAAGCACGGCGAGCAGGCGUUCAUUCGCAAUGGACAUGUCCAUGGGAAUAGCGAGGAGUUGACUGGUCCUAUUCGACGCCGUAUCCGGGAAUGGACCGAACGAAACUUGAUGGGAUCCGAUGUGAAAUUUCCCGAUCAUUAA